AUGACGACCAUCCCCAUCAUCAACAUGGAGUUCGGCGAACUCAAGACGGCCAUCUGGAACAAGGUGCAGGAACCCAAGUCGCAACGCAAGCUGAUCCUGGUGAUCGUGUCCAUCGCGUUGCUCCUGGACAACAUGUUGUACAUGGUGAUCGUGCCCAUCAUCCCGGACUACCUGCGGUACGUGGGCGCGUGGGGCCACCACCCGGACCCGACGGUGCCGCCCGGCAGCAACGCCACCCUGCCGCCCACCGCCAAGCCCGACCACCACGGCCAAGACUCGGCCACGGGCGUGCUGUUCGCGUCCAAGGCCAUCGUGCAGCUGAUGGUGAACCCGUUCUCGGGCGCGCUCAUCGACCGCAUCGGCUACGACGUGCCCAUGAUGAUCGGGCUCGUCAUCAUGUUCCUGUCGACGGCCAUCUUCGCCUGCGGGCGCUCCUACGGGCUGCUGUUCUUCGCGCGCAGCCUGCAAGGGGUGGGGUCCGCCUUCGCCGACACCUCGGGCCUCGCCAUGAUCGCCGACCGCUUCACGGAGGAAAACGAGCGCUCCAAAGCCUUGGGCAUAGCGCUGGCCUUCAUCAGCUUCGGCUGCCUGGUGGCGCCGCCGUUCGGCGGGGCGCUGUACCAGUUCGCAGGCAAAGAAGUGCCGUUCCUCAUCCUGGCGUUCGUGUCGCUGGCGGACGGCUUCAUGUUGCUCUUGGUGAUGAAACCUGUGCGGGAGCAGAUCAAGCACCACGUGGCGAACCGGGUUCAAGGAGUCCCUAUCUGGCGUCUGCUGCUCGACCCUUACAUUGCGGUUUGCGCCGGAGCCCUCAUGAUGUCUAACGUAGCGUUGGCCUUCUUGGAACCGACCAUCUCGCUUUGGAUGGAAGACAACAUCACCUCGGAAAACUGGCAGAUCGGGAUGAUUUGGUUACCUGCCUUCUUCCCGCACGUGUUCGGUGUCAUUCUUACCGUCAAAAUGGCCAGACAGUACCCCCAGUGGCAAUGGUUAAUGGCUGCUGGCGGUUUGGCGUUGGAAGGGCUGUGUUGUUUUAUCAUACCGUUCUCCAACUCAUACAAGAUUCUUAUGAUUCCUAUUUGUGGAAUCUGUUUCGGGAUUGCUCUUAUUGAUACCGCGCUGUUGCCUAUGCUGGGAUAUUUAGUAGACGUUCGCUACGUAUCAGUGUACGGAAGUAUCUACGCUAUCGCCGACAUAUCGUACAGCGUUGCUUACGCAGUGGGACCCAUUAUUGCCGGUGGUGUGGUAGAAGCCAUCGGAUUUACAGCGUUGAACAUUGGAAUAGCGUUUUCCAACCUUUUGUAUGCUCCCGUACUCAUGUACCUGCGACACAUCUACGACUUCAAGCCCUUGGAGAACGAAGCCAACAUCCUCAUGUCGGACCCACCCGACAAGGAGUACCAAACGUACACGAUGCACGACCAGAAACCGGUCGUGGGCGACUUCAAGAACCACCUGGAAUACUCGCGCUUCCAAGAAGACGGGCCGACGCCCGCGUACUACCCGGACAGCCAGGGCAUGAUCCAAGAGACGAACGUGGACAAGCCCGGGGCCGUCAACGGGUCGGUGGGCAGCUACUUCGCCGGGCAGCCUCAGCAGGCGGGCCCGCCCGCCCAACAACCUCCUCAUCCUCCUCCUCCCCAGCAGCAGUACCAGGCGCGACAGGAGGAGGCCCACAUCAGCGGCGGCGGCGGCUACCAAGUCCAGUACCAGGCGCACUACACGGCGCAGCCGGCCGCCCAGCCGGCGCAGCAGGGCUUCCAACAGCCCCCGGCGCAGCCGCAGGCCUACCAACGGCCCGCGGUCCAGCAGCAGCAGCAGGCGGCGGCCGCCGCGGCCCAGCAGCAGGCGGCGGCGCAGCACGGCCAGGCGCCCAGGGAUACCAACCCCUUCCGCGCGGCCCCGGCGCCCGCCCCGGAGCCUCCGGUCGACCGCAACCCCUUCCGGCAAGGCUUCGGCUAUUAG